CCAACCUCUGUCCUUCACUCCCUUCUGAUUUUCACCCGGAAUAGAAGCUGGAAUUAAACGGACUUUCGUGGAAAUUCAUCAUUUGUAUUAACAGUUUGGAUUUAUAUAACAAAUGGACUACAGAUCAAGACAACACUGAUUAACAUCUUAAAUUUACUUUACCUUUUUUACAUAAAGGUGCACUGGUCGUUAUGCUGUAAGUGUUGGAUUCAAACUGCGUAAAUACACCUUCAUCACCUCAUUAAAACUUGUUCCAUACAUGUUAUGGCCGACAGUUUAAAACACACUAUCCCACAAUUAUUGUCCAUGAUAUGACUGGAUCUAGAGGUGACCAUCUCACCUACUAUGAUGGAAACUGCUCUGUCACCUUCCACAGACCCUCUUCACCUCAACACCAACAGCCAUGUCAAUAACCGCAACAACAGCUGGAGUGGCCUCCUCGAUGCUGACUCACUGAGGAGCAAUCAAACCCUCCAUGGCCCCCUCCACAACGCCCUGCUGGGGGUCUGUCUCGGACUUCUUUCCCUCCUCACGAUCAUGAUGAACUUGCUCGUCCUCUACGCCGUGAAGAGAGAGAAGAGCCUCCACACUGUCGGGAACCUCUACAUUGUCAGUCUGUCUGUGGCAGAUCUGAUCGUGGGGACCACAGUUAUGCCUCUAAACCUGGUGUAUUUGUUGGAGGAUGAAUGGAAGCUGGGACGGGCUGUCUGCCAAUUCUGGCUUAUUAUGGACUACGUGGCUAGCACAGCCUCAAUUUUCAGCUUGUUUAUCCUGUGUUUGGAUCGGUACCGCUCUGUCAGACAGCCGCUUAAGUACCUGAAAUAUCGAACGAGGGGAAAAGCCAGUGUGAUGAUUUCUGGAGCCUGGCUGCUGUCGAUGAUGUGGAUUAUUCCAAUUUUAGGAUGGAGGUCUUUCACUCAUGUAGACCUUAAACCUGAGAAGGAGAACAAGUGUGACACAGAUUUCCGCUUUGUCACAUGGUUCAAGGUCAUUACUGCCAUCUUCAACUUCUAUGUACCCUCAAUAUUAAUGCUGUGGUUUUACACGCACAUCUACUUGGCAGUAAGGCAACAUCUCAGGGACAGAGAGAGGAUCAUUCAUCCGACCGACUCAUUUGGGGAAAAUGAGAAUGGGCAAAAUGCCCAAUCGCCCGUGAAAUAUGACUCCAAAUCACCCAAGAGUGAGGCUGAUGUUACAAUGAAACUCUCUAAAAAACAACACUUGUUGGACCAUAACACUCUAGCUCAGCCAUAUUCCCUUGAGGAACCUGAUAAAACAAAAACUGCUUCAUCCAGAUCUCACAGAAAAAUUGGUGUAAAGUGCAAGAAGACGUCAUUGCUUGCCAUGACAACAAAACGACUCCGAAUAGCACAAAAGGCCAAAAGGUGCUCGUUGUCUCCUGAGGAGAAGCAGUCAGACAUUGCGAUUCCCCUCAGUCAAUCUUCGGUGCCACAGGACAUGAUUUGCUCAGAUGGUAGUAAUGAGAACAAACUUCAAGCGUCUAUAAAUGAAUGUCACGUCACAGUGCCAAAUUCAGUGAGCGGUGUCUGUGAUGUCAGUCAGGUGUCAGACGUGCAGAGAUACACCUCUUUGCUCUACAACUUUGACCCCAGUCACGCUCUGCCCUGGAACGAAGAAGGGGUCCAAGAUGCCAAAUUGGACCCAGCUAAUGCAGUGACUCUAAGAAAGACAUGGCAAAGGUUUAUUGACCAAUCACGUCAGCGUAUCCAAAGCCUGAGGAUCCAUAAAGAGCACAAGGCUGCCAAGCAGUUGGGCUUUAUAAUUGCUGCUUUCUUGUUGUGUUGGAUACCAUACUUUAUAGCUUUCAUGGUCAUGGCGUUCUGCAGAGAGUGUGUGCACCAUGACCUGCACAUGUUCACCAUAUGGCUAGGUUACAUGAACUCCACUCUCAACCCUUUUAUAUACCCGCUCUGCAACGGAAACUUCAAACGAGUCUUCAAAAAUAUUCUCAACAUUCCUUUGUGACAUACAGUGACGGGCAGAGCAAAGAAUAAAAUCAUAGGUGUCUAAAUGUUGCUGAUAUGCAGAUAUCUGUUGCAUCAAUUAAAUGUCUUAAACAUCCUUGGGUGAGCUUUUUAAGUGUAGAUAAAACUGUAAAUGUACUUUGAGUGUCAGUUAUUUUGUUCUAAAUCUUAUUUUUAUAACUUACUGCCCUCCGAUUCAGACUCAUGGCAACAGUUGAGGAUAUGUUUGACUUUAAUGUUAUUUAUUUUGUCUUUGUGCUAAUGAUAAUAAAGUCUGUCUAAGACCAGAGACCUUUAAACUAAAAGGAAUUUGAUCUCUUACCCUAAGUAAACAGGAACAUGAAUGUAUUGUAUUGCCUCUGAUCCAGAGUGGAGAAAAACUAUGUCCAAAAUGUGUUUAAAAGAAAGUCCUUUUAUUUAUUCUUUUGCACUAUCAAUGUAAAAAAACGGGGAUGUAACAUGAUACUGUACAAAAUAGUUAACAUUUUACAAACAUGCAUUUGUCCUAUUGUUUUCUCACAAUGGGAAAUGAGACAUUAGUUGUUCUUUCUACUGUCAGUCCAGGAAAAAAAAUGCAAAUCUUGCCAAGUUCCUGCUGAGCCGUUACCCAAGGGAGGGCUGAUUUGGGAUCUGUUCAGUUGUUACUUUUUUUCAUAACA